UUGACAAUUUGACAUGUUAAAUUGACAUCUGUGUUGUCUUUGUGCGAAGUUGUGAUGUUUAUUUUGCAUCUCCUGAUCGAUCACUAAAUAAAUUGCAACAAUGACAAGAUCGUUUGGCAACAGUGAUAAACGCUUUUCUAUAGACGAUGCAUUUGAAGAAGAGACUGACGAAGCUAUCAAAGUGUACGGGGCGACGGGCGAUCGGUCCCCUUUACAAAACAAAUUCAAGAAUGGUGGCGAUUAUUUAUCGAGCAAAACAUACAAAUGCACAGAAGACACAACAUCGAGAGAUUCUGAUUCAUUAAUACAUGAAUAUGUGGAAGCGACACAAUCUAUGUACUGUUGGAAUCAUCCAAAAGUCCGGGAGAAUUGGAAAACAGUUUGCGCGGCUGUCAUACUCCUUCUGGUUGGAGUAGGUCUCCUGGGCAUGGGUGCAUUUGCUGUUGCUGAACCUGAAAAUGGAUUACAGGGGGCUGUGUUUUUUGUAGCAGGUAUGAUCUGCUUUGUACCUGGUGCAUAUCAUGUAGUAUACAUAUGGCUAGCAGCUCGUGGCCAAAGGGGAUAUGAUUUCUACCAUUUACCAUUAUUUACUUGAUCAUUUGUAUUUAAAUACUUUUUUUAAGGCAUGGAGAUGUAAAAUGAAGUUAAAGUAUAUCAAAAAGAAAUAACAAUGAUGCUGUAGUGAAAAUGUGUGCUCUCUAAUUACAAUAUUGUAAUAAUCGAAUAUGAAAUACUUACUACUUGUAAACAAUUUUGAAGAGAAUGCAAUAGCUAAAGAAAUCAUUAACAAAGUAAUCAUGUAUGAAAAAUUAUUUCUAAUUUAAGAGUGAGAUAUAUAAAUCUUUGAUCUAUUUAUUUACAGUUUGAUUAAACUAUAUUAUUUAUGUUGAAUCUGUCCAUCUAGCUUUAGCAAAUAACCUUUAAUCUUGUAAAUAUUUAAUAAAUACAAAUGAAAUGAAUAUAAAAUAGUUGAAAUUUAAAUGGUUACCUUAUUUGAAGGUAUAAGGAAUCUAAAAUAUGAAGUAUUAUGAUAAAGCAUUGAAGUGCCUAAUGUUCAAGAAUAUCUAAUACUCUUGUACUUAUUAGCAUAUAUGCAGUGGCUGCCGCUAUUUUUUGUUAGAAAAAACAAUGGAAAAUUCUUAUUUAUAAAAAAAAAUUGUGGCAGUAAAGAGCAAUUUUGUUUAAAUAUUUGUAUUUCAUAAUAGCUUUUUCUCAUGAAAUAAUUGAUAGCUUCCCAUAUUUUGUCACAUGUAGUAUGUAAAACAUCUAAUAAAUAUUUGUAAUACCUCAGUUAAAUAUAAUAUAGAUUACUUAUGAUACAUGUAAACAUUCACAUAAAUAUUUUGAAUUUCAGUCAUGUGAAUUAAAAUAAUGUUAUCUUAUUCCAUAUUCAUGAUACAACUACAACAAAGCUGUCUUGUCAAUUUACUUUUCUGGUUUUUUUUUCUAUUAUACAGCCAAACUAUUAUACAAAAAAAUUAAUUACUUAUAAGAACCUAACUAUUCUAUAUAACUACUCAUUCAUUUUGUGUUUUAUUAUUAUUAUUAUACUUUAAUAGUAUAAUCCUUUUUGGGGUUUCACUAUUAUAAGUAUAUUCAUAAUAUUAGUUAUUAAAUAUCUAACAAAUAAUAAAUUAUUGAUAAUAAUAGUGUCUUAGUAUGAUCACAUUAGCUUCUAUGUUUAGUAUAGGAUAUAUAAAAAUGUUCUCUUUUAUUUUUGAAAGAUUAAUUAUUCACUGAUAUUAUUAACUUGACAAUGAUGUUGUAAAUAUACUAUUAUGGAUAUAGUUAUUGGGAUUCCACCUAUCCUUAGUAGAAGUUGUUUUAACUAUUAUAUUGAAUUAAAAUCUAUUCUAUGACCAUCUUUCUAAAAGUUAGAAAUGGAAGAUUGUUAAAGCACAUAGUAGAUGGAUAGUGAUGGGUGAUUUUUUCCUCAACAUUAAUAUUUGAUUACAUACCCAAGAUGUAAAACACCUACACAUAACUUACUCUUCAGCAAAUAUUCCUGUAUGGUGGUAUCUAAUAUUUAAGUUUUUAUGUUUUUUAUAAUUUGUGAUAUAGUGACUGAUUUUUGUGUGACAUAUCAAAUGUGUAAUUUUAUAUCAUAGAGGCAUUAUAGCUAGAACAGGGAAGUCCAGCUUCCAGCAGUUCUUAAUAUAACAAGUGGGAGAAGAUGUGUUACUAUAUCUGUCUUUCUCUCUCUCUACCAAAUCUAACCAAGGGUUGUUACCACUUAUAGGCAAAGCCAUAUAACUUUCCAAUUUCAACUAUAAUACCUCUAUGUUUUAUACAAGUUUUGGGAAGCAAAUAUGAAUCAUGUAUAUUCUUUAAGGCUUGAUGUUCCUGCUGUUUUUUAUUUUGUCUUUGCUUCAAUUUGUAAAUAAUUAGCAAUUUAAUAAAUUAGUAGAAUUGAUAUUGUGGUAUUUAUUUCAUCAUUUUGAAAUCACCUUAUUUAAUUUCAAAUUCUAUUAAGACCAUUUAAGUUAAGUAAACUAAUGAAAUGUGUAAUAAUCAACAUUUAUUUAUUUACUAACCAUAUUGCUUAAGUUAGAUUUUUUAUACAUAUUCGCCUUAACUUAAAGUGUUGCAGGAAUCUCAAUUCACCAUUCCAGUUUCUAAGAACCUCUACUUGAUUAUGGUCUAGUAAAUCGGGCAUUUCCAAACCACAUGUUUCAAAUUCCUCUUGCUCUUUUUUCUUUGUUAUGUUGAUGACAUCUUCUCUGCUAGCAUGUUGACGAUUUUUUCUGUGCCCAAUAGAAUUUUUUAAGGCAAUUUGUUGUAAUUCAUCAUCAAAUCGUGUCAAAUAUGACUGAAUAAGUUGCAAAGUCUGUUCUUUUGUUAGUACGGCGGUAUCAUCAGGUAAUCUCUCUUUGAACCACAGAAGUUUUUCACCAAUGAGGUUAUUUUUUAUAUCGGUACCAAGUUUUUUUCGAUCUCUUUUCUCACCUUUCUUUAAUUUCUUAGCAAGCGAUAGAGUUUUUCUGCUGUUAGGAUGUUUUAAUUUAUCUACACUAUUCUUUGUUUUAGGCAUUUUAAUUAAUGGUUUGAUUGAUGUCUUGUUUGACACAAUAUUUAAUGGAAAUAUUUUAAUUAUUUUCAAGUUUUUCCAUAUGCCUCUUCUAUGAUUAACCCAGCGUGUAGU